UCUUUGGUUGCAGUCGCCAUUUUAAAAGUGGCGUCAACUGGCGGAGAAAGAGCGACGGACGCCGCUCAGAAAUAAAGCUCUAAAAACGGUAUCUUACAGGGAAUACAUGGACGAUACCAUUAGCUAAAUGAAUUAAUGGAAUGCCUGCUAGUCAAUGGUUAUGGUAGAGACAAAGUUGGUGUAGUUUCCCCCCGCUCGUUCAGCUCAAAAAUGGACGACAGCAACGCGGCGAGGGUAGAUGCCUGUCGAGAGUAUCAGUCCUCGCUGGAAGACCUGACGUUCAACAGCAAGCCGCACAUCAACAUGCUGACCAUUCUGGCCGAGGAGAACGUCAACUUCGCCAAGGAUAUCGUCGCAAUAAUUGAAGCUCAAAUAAGCAAGGCCUCAUCUGCCGAGAAGCUUCCAGUUUUGUACUUAGUGGAUUCCAUAGUGAAGAAUGUUGGAGGAGAGUACCUUGCAGUGUUUGCUAAAAACCUAAUCCCGUCAUUUAUAUGUGUCUUUGAAAAGGUGGAUGAGAACACUAGAAAGAGUUUGUUCAAGUUGCGAUCAACAUGGGACGAAGUGUUUCCACUGAAAAAACUAUAUGCAUUGGAUGUACGGGUCAACUCAGUAGACCCGGCGUGGCCUAUCAAGCCUCUGCCACCUACAGUUAAUGCCAGCAUCCAUGUCAACCCCAAGUUUUUAAAACAGUCUGAGGAGCCUCCUCCACCAAAACCUACCCCCUCAAAACCAGCGGCCCCUGUUGCUCCUACGCCUGUGUCGCAGCCGCCGCCGGUAAGCUCAUCCAGCCAGACCCAGGAGCAACUUAUCAGACAGCAGCUGCUGGCCAAACAGAAGCAGCUUCUUGAGCUUCAGCAGAAGAAGAUCGAACUGGAACUGGAGCAGACAAAAGCACAGCUGGCGGGGGGAUUUACGUUGCCAGUUACCCCACUUGCAACACCAACCCCAGCGCCAAAGCCAGUCGCUCAGUCCACUCCUGUGGUCCGACCCUGGCUUGCGCCCCAGCCUCCAAUCGACCCCAAGCUGCCCACUAAAGACCCUCGUCUGAACCGCACUGGCCCUUCACCCCCUGCUCAAAGCAAAGCGCAUUCUACUGCAAAAAAGGAAUACCCUUCUGCAUUUGUGGCUCCUGUUGUGACUCAAGAGAAAAGAAUGACAGAGAAGCCUGUUCACUCAGAAAAGGUGCGUAUCCUGAGAAGGGAAGAGGAGAAGCCCAAGCCUAUGUCUCCAUCUCUAAAGGCUAAAAACAUCCAGAAUAGGAACAAGCAUCCGGAGUUUGAGGGCUUGAAGUGUACAGACAAUACAAAGAAAGAUCUGCGGGGGAAGAAACGUGGACUGGAAAAAGGCAGAGAGGCCAAAGAAGAUGAGCAGAAGGAGAAGAAAAGAUGCAAUGACAAGCGAGAGGACACUGUGCGGGGACCUGAGCCUCUGAGAUACAACAAAGGAAAACUCCAGAACGGUCUAAUGACCAAGCACGGCCGCAGCCAGUCUGCUGAUAAAAUCGGAGGUAACGCUCGGACUCAUGCCAGGAAGCGUACACGCUCUCGCUCAAGAUCCCGCUCUUCCACCACCUCGCCGAAGAGGAAAGAUAGGAGGUCGCCCAAAAGCAGGACCAGGAGCAGCUCUCUGUCGCCUUCUCCGCCACGCAAUGCGGGGAAAACCAGGAGGAGAGGGGAUGAUCCGCAGCACAGCAAGAGUGGGCGGGAUGACCGACCAGCCUCUAAAAAGAACCAAGCAGAGAGCAGGAGGUCUAAGACGCCUGCGGAGGAGUGUCGCUCCAAGUCAAGAGACUCUCCAAGGAGCCAUGAUGGAGGCAACAAGGAGAGCAAAGAUGCUCCUCACCGAUGGAGAAGUGGCUGGGAUGAGAACAAACAUCUAAAGGUGUUAGACUCCCAUGUGAAGCCUGGACCUCCGAGACAUAAACUCUACAGCACCCCGACGCGUCCCACUACCCCACGGACCCCGAAACACCGCCUCAGUGUGGAUGCCAAUCUCCAUAUACCUGAAGCUCUCAACUCUGCAAACAAGAAGGACCUUCUCAGAAGGGCAAGCAAGAGCCUGGAGAGCGGUGAAAUAACAAAAGAAGACUUCCUAAACAUGGCCCACAAGAUUAAGAACUUCUUCCAGUAUCAAGAGGAGAAGCAGCAGCGCACGGAAAGCUGGGACAUCACUGGUGACUUCACUACCAAGAAACAGCUGCUGCCCGCCCCUCAACAAGGCUUGGACCAGGCCCAGUUGACGUAUUACGAGCACAAGUCCAAGCUGAAGAAAACGCAGGUCUCGCACCGUCUUGGCGGAGAAAACUGGGAGGGUCCGGAAGAGUGCGACGAGAUAAACCAGGCACAACUGGGUCUGCAAGGUGAGGAGCGUUUGUCUUAAUUACCAAGCCUCGAAUGUUUAUUUGAAAUCUAAAGCUUGCCGUGUUGAAUGACAGAAGAGAGACGAAGCAUAGAACGGGAAUUAUCCAGACCUCCGCUGGCCCCCAUGGUAGAGGAGUACAACCACGGCAAACAGUUCCCCCCGCUCAAAUCUGUACCAGGUCUUCGCUUCAGGAGGAGGGCUGAACCCCACGAAUCCAGUGAAAGAGAGUGGAACUCUCCCUUAACGGAACGGCAACGCUUCGAUGACUGCGAAGAACAGAAGAGCAGCUAUGACGCUCCGAGGCGUUACGGCCCUGAAGGCAGACAGGCCGAUCCCAGAAGGCUGGAGGGGCCCCCUCCGCCUGGUGUCACUGUUCACAGAAACUGUCCAAGCCCAGCUGGUAUAGAUCCUUCAAUCCCCAGGUUUGAGCGCCAACGCUUGUCGCCGCUUCACCAGAAGGAUACGGCUGAAAUGAGCCCUAUUCCUCGCUUUGAGAGUCCCAACAGUGAACAUUCUGAUGACGGACCCCUCAAUCCAGAUGUCCUUCCUGCCCCUAAAUCCAUUCUCAAGGGACUGGUCCAUGAAGGACUGCUGUCUAAUAUUCUAAAGCAAAGUGAUUCCCCAGGACACACCCCUCCUCAUGACGGAAACCACCCACCAUCCCGGUUUGACCUGGGCCCACCCAGGCUGCAUCCUCCAGGCUGGUAUGAAGGUGGCGCCCCAGGACCCUUUGAGGGUCCUGGCAGGUUUGAUGGAGGCGGGCCUCCUCAACUCAACAUGCCAGAGAGGUUCGACGGACCACGUGUGUCUCAGAUUCCAAUGAGAAGUGGGGACAACAUGGGACGCUUUGACGGUCCCCCUCACCCUCAGGGCUCUGUUAGGUUUGAUGGUCCUUUAGGCCCACAGGCUCCUCCAAGGUUCGAUAGACCAGGGCCUGGGCACUUUGAGGGUCCAAUGCAGGGCUUUGAAGCACCACAGCACUUUGACAGCCUGGGGCCCGGUCUUGGGCCAAUGGGCUUUCAGCAGCAACGACAAAUGCGAUUUGAAAACCCCCUAAAUCAGAUGGCAGGCCCAAUUUGUUUUGAGGGCCCUGGUCAUAUACCCCAACCGGUUGGGCCCCCACGCUUUGACGGGCCCCUUGUUCAGCCGGUUCCCCCCACAUUUCCUGCCCAACACAAUAUCCAGCCAGCUAUGCGACCGAUGGCCCCUUCCAUGUUUGACAACACUCUCCCACCUCAGCAGAACUUCAGCAUGGCUUCACAGCCUUUCCCCGAGCCAAUGAACUCUCAGUUCCACCCUGUGUCGAUAGCGUUUCCCACACAAUCAAACAUGCAGCCUUCUGCAAACUUCAACAUUCUCGCUCCUCCACCUUUCAGCCAGCCGGGCCCCGCCCCUUUCUUCAACCCAGCAGUGCCUGCCAUCAACAUGCAGCAGCCGGUCAAUGUGAUGAACAUGAACCAGCCCUUCCUGCCUCAGAACGCGACGCCUUUUGGACAGCAAGAGAACCACUUUGGUCAAGUCGACGUCAACGAUUUGCUUUCUAGGCUCAUAUCCACUGGCAUCAUCAAAGCGUCACAGCCGGAGACUACGGAUCUUGAUGACGAGUUACUCUCUACAGCAAUACCCCCGCCUCCUGCAGAGGAGGAGGAAGAAGAGGAGGAGGAGGAUGAUUUCCCAGACCUCACAAACUUCAAGCUUGAAGACAUGAAACAGCGUUAUGAGAGUGUGGUGACCAAGUUGUACUCAGGGAACCAGUGCUGCCUGUGUAGCAUGAGAUUCACCACCACUCAGACAGACCUGUACGCUGACCACCUGGACUGGCACUUCAGGCAAAACCACGCCGGCAAGGUCGCUGGCAAAAAGAUCACACAUCGCCGCUGGUACUACGGCCUCACGGACUGGGUCGAGUUUGAGGAGAUCGCUGACCUGGAGGAGCGAGCCAAGAGUCACUUCUUUGAGAAGGAGAAUGAAGAGGAGGUCCAGAAAAACCAAGCGGCAGCUAAAGAGAAGGAGUUCCAGAGUGUGAAGGCUACUAAAGACCAAGUUGGAGAGUUAUGUGAAAUCUGCCAGGAGCCAUUUGAGACGUACUGGGUUGAGGAAGAGGAGGACUGGUUUCUAAAGGACGCUAUCAGGGUUGAUGAGAAGAACUUCCAUCCUGCGUGUUUUGAAGAUUACAAAAAUACAUCGUCCUACUGUGAUGUGACGCCAUCUCCCAACAAGGCGCUGACAGACCACCCGCUGAGCGCCUUCAUAAAGACUGAGGAAGAAGAGGAAAAUUCUUCGUGUGCCAUGGCAGCCGCCGCACCCUCAGUCAAACUAGAAGACUCUGAAUCUGUCGAGUGUGACCAAGCGGUGAAGAAAGAGGAGGUUUUAACAGACGUGCAAUCGGACGAGAAGAGCCUGUGAGCAGCUGCCAUGCUGCACAUUUUCUUUGUUUUUGAAGAAAAACUUUCUGUUGGUUGACAAUUAAACUUAAAUACAUUUUGGUAUUUGUGCCGUCAAGCUGCUGCUUGAAAAAAAGAAAUGUUUCCUUUUUGGGUAAAACAUGUAAAUGAUUUAAUUUAUACAUUAAAGUAUUUUUGGAAUCUGUGGCGUGCUUGACUGCAACAACGGCUGUACAUAGUUUGAUAACUAGUUGGAUUUACUGAUGAGCAGUUACAGGUGUUUACUUGUUUGUGGCGUCCAUUAAGGUAAGCAUCAAACAAUCAGUCGAUGGAAGAUUGCCUGCUCAUCAGGAAGCAUCCACGCUCUUUCUUUGGGUUUCAAUAAAGUUUCAGAAACUUGUUUGCGUUGGUGUGAUUGUUCUUGGGUUUUCAUUGUUCUGCUUUUCAAUUAAAAAUAAAGGUCAUGUUGA